CUAUUUCCGAAAGUGCCGACAAGAAGAUCACCAGGAACGACUUUCUCAACACGGCGGCAAAGGAGACGAGGUUUUCAUUGUUCACCCCAUUGGAGGCCGACAUCAUAUUCCAUUUUGCUGGAUUGGGAAAUUCCUCGGGGAGGUUAUCGAGACGCGAUUUUUCUCAACUCUUGGAUCCCAAGUGGAGAAGGCAACCUGAAGCGAAGCCGAUAGUCGAGAUACCGGCGAAAGGUCGUCAGGGAUUUUUAUGGGAGGUUUUACAUCAAGUAUAUUCGUUCACCUUGGGUUCAAUCGCUGGAUCUGUGGGUGCAACCGUCGUGUAUCCUAUCGAUCUGGUGAAGACGCGCAUUCAGAAUCAAAGAUCGAAAGUGGUAGGCGAGUUGUUAUAUCGGAACAGCAUAGACUGCUUUCGAAAGGUUGUGAAGAACGAAGGUAUACUCGGACUCUACAGCGGUCUCGGUCCUCAGUUGGUGGGUGUAGCGCCUGAGAAGGCUAUUAAAUUGACCGUAAAUGAUCUCGCGCGAUCUUUGCUGAAGAAUAAAGAGACCGGUGAAAUCACGUUAGCAUUGGAGAUGUUGGCGGGUGGUAUGGCGGGUGGUUGCCAAGUGAUAUUUACCAACCCAUUGGAAAUCGUGAAGAUUCGACUUCAGGUACAAGGUGAAAUGGCGGAGCGUCGUUCCGCAAUUUCGAUCGUGAAAAAACUUGGUGUCCUCGGUCUUUACAAAGGGGCGAGCGCGUGCCUGCUUCGUGACAUACCAUUCUCCGCGAUAUAUUUUUCUUCUUAUUCACACAUUAAAAAAGACUUUUUCGGCGAAGGACCUGAGAAAAAACUGGGCAUGGGAGAAUUACUGUCAGCGGGUGCAUUAGCCGGAAUGCCGGCCGCUUAUUUCACAACGCCGGCGGAUGUGAUUAAAACCAGAUUACAAGUGGAGGCGCGUGAAGGUCAAACCGUAUAUAAGAGUAUAACUCAUGCGGCUAAAACGAUAUUAAAAGAAGAAGGCUUUAAGGCAUUCUUUAAGGGUGGACCAGCUCGCAUUUUUAGAUCUUCGCCUCAGUUCGGUACCACCUUGAUGGUUUACGAAUUGUUGCAAAGAUGGUUCCCAUGGAAUAAUACCGAAGAAACGGUUGCAAAGAUUAACACGACUGAUACCGGAGAUUACGGGUAUUUGAGAAGCAGGAAUGCUUUAAAAAUAUUACUGGAUUUGGAUUAUAAAUUCGGAGUAGUGCCCAAGGGCAUUAACGGACGUUGGGAGGAUUGCAUAUAUUUAUGGGAUACACAACGAUUAAGGGAUUCUGGGGGAUUCGAAGUUGCUACGUAUUUCAUUCCAUAG